CACACCACCUCGAGCCUAUUCUAGAUUUCUCCUCUCGGGUCCCCGGCGACCUCCCAUCUGAUCGAGUUCGGCCCCGGAUUCGGUCUUGUGGUCGAACUCAGAAAGAGUUUUGAGUACCAUUCCUAGUUUGGGAAUCGCCCUAAAUUGGUCUAGGGUUUUCGAGAGAGAAAGAGAAUGGACAAGGUGACGAGAUACGCGUCGGAGCAAGGGGUGGUUAUUUUCAGCAAGAGCUCGUGCUGCUUGUGCUACACGGUGACCAUCCUGUUCCGGGACCUCGGAGUCCAGCCCCGGGUGUACGAGAUUGACCACGACCCCGAGUGCCGGGAGAUAGAGAAGGCCCUGGUCAGGCUGGGGUGCAGCGCGCCCGUGCCCGCGGUGUUCAUAGGCGGCAAGCUCGUCGGGUCCACCAACGAGGUCAUGUCCCUCCACCUCAGCGGCUCGCUUGUCCCCUUGAUCAGGCCCUACCAAGCCCAGCCUUCAGCAAUCUAAUCAAAUCAAAUUGAUUGGGAGCGGCUAGAGUCUCCCUAGAUUGUAGGUGCUGCUAUAAUAUGAAUGUGUAUGCAUUAAGUGUAAUUUUUAGACGUGCAAUUUGGGGAAUAAGGUACAAGCUAGGGGUAUGCUUGCUUGAUGAUCAGGAUCAAUUUAGAAAACGUUGGUUAGUGUCGUUAUGAAUCGUUAUGUAUUGUGGUACCUUUGAGUAGCGUUGUGGGAUAGUCCCUUUGAUUUAGAAAAAAAUAUAUAUGAAGAAACUAGCCAACAUAUAUUAUAUGUUCCUUCUUCUA